AUGCAUUCGAGUCCUCCUACCCUCAAAAUAUCGCGUGCAGAUGCUAAACUUCCCGAAAGCACGCCGUACCUCAUGCCCUUUCAUAUCGCAUACUCCGGACCAGCUCCCAUAUCAACUUAUUUCCGGGUGAAGUCAGCCCCGCCACCUAACUACGGACAGGAACUUCCACUACUACAAAAUGCAAAUGUGUCUUCGCUUCCUGAAGGUGACUCGCAGACAUCAGAUCCAUUGCAAUCUACGUUAGUGUCCACGUCGCCGAGUAUGACACUGGUCUCCGCAGACAGCGGAUCAUCCACAAAGAACAUGGAAGUCGAGGAAUUGAACGGAGCAGGAUCCCAUACAUCACCUCCUAAGAGAUAUGUUGCCUCGUUCAGGGGGCGUACAUUGCAAGGUCUGCAGGUCUAUCUACCUGAAGGUUAUUCUGGACUGGUGCUACAGGCAUCGGGCGGUGGAGAUGAGAAGCCAAGCCUGAUGACAGGACCCAGGGGCGGAGAUGCACCGGUCAGCAGACGCACUACACGACGCUCAGGGAAGACAAUCAGCCCCGAGGCACAAGGUUCUGUCGUCGAAAAAGACGGAUGUUGUACUGUCGGGACCGAGGAGACGGAAGUGGCAGAUGACUCGGAGGGCCAGAUCCGGGUGUUGCAACCAAUUUCAACCUUCUCAUCAUUCGUGCUGUGGAAUCCGGACACUUGUGUGGACGAGGGAAAGGACGAAUACCUGCGAGCGUUAACAGAAUGGACUCAACUGGCAGCUGAGUACUUGCCCUCGCCCCGCUCGCCUCUCCCGGAUUCGAGAACCAAGACUCGUCGUUCCUUACCGUCGCCACUCUUUUUCUCCCGUCUCCAAACGCAGUCUGAAAUCUCGUCCCGUGCAUUGCUCGUCCAUAAGCAACCGUACAGUCCCAAGAUGGUCUCACUCGUUUACCUCGCCGCACUUAUUGUCCCAUUUGCUCUUGUACAUGCGGACCCUACCCCUACCACACCUAGCCCCGGCGCCGUCUAUGACGAGGGCGCCGCUUGUGAAGUCGGCUGGGACGCGGAUCCCCAAGGCAUUUGGACCGUCAUGAACAUCGAGCUCAUGACUGGCUCCAACACCGACAUGCAGUAUUUAACAACCGUGGGCACUGUCGAUGGAACCAACGCGGCGAAUAAUACCUAUAGUUAUCCUUGCCCUAACGUGGACCCCAACUCGCAAAUUUAUUUUUACCAAUUCACAUCUCCGUAUUCCUCGUCGGUAUACUGGACAGGACGUUUCGCCAUUGCCUCCCCUAGCGGCCAGACCACACCACCGACCGAAAGCACGGUAUCCAAUGGACAGACCAUUUACUGGGGCACCGGAACCAUUGUCGGCCAGAGUGGUUCGGCCACUCCCCCCGCAUACGGUGGAAGCACUACGGGAGCGUCGAACUACUCCACCCCCUCGGCUCCCCCUGUUACAUCCGCUAAUUUGACCACUUUCUCGGUCGGCGUCAACAGCACUACGAUUUCCACCUCGGUCACGGCCAACGAAACGUCAUCUUCUGCUACCACGACAGCCUCUUCCACUCCCUCGAGUACGACCAGUGCUCUCACCACCACCACCACGAGUUCCGCCGCUCCUGGGAAUACCGCUGCCACCACAAGCGCGGGAGGCGCCGCCGCGAAUGCCGCACCAGGGGCAUUGAAGGUUGACAACCAUGUCGUCCGUGCUGCGGUUGGCCUUGCUGUCGCUGCGCUCACCUUCACUGCCGCGCUCUAA